AUGGAUUCUAUGAAGCAAUCCUACGACAUGUUAGGAGAGAAGGCUUUGGAGAAAUUGGACAGGAUAUCUCCACCGCCAAGCUCAGGUCUUCCUCGCAGUUUGGUCAGAAACGAGGCCAAACCUGCGUUCAACUCCCACGGCACUGGUGAACAGGCUCCGGAAGGUAAAAGAGAUCUUUACGCUCUGUUACGGCAAAAUGCCUUUAAUGAUGAAGCUCUGGGUUUCGCUGUCACUGAUAAUCGCAGUGAAACCACACAGCAUUUACUUCAGUGUACCCGAUCGCUGGAAUCCAUCCAACCUGGUGGCGCUGGCCAUGCCUCUUCGGUACGAGUUCGCUUACUCCAUGCGGCUGUACGCCAAAGAAUCAUGAAACUCGCCCGACAACGGCCAGAGUACUAUGAUAUCAACGCGUGGGGAAUACCAAUCAACGAUCUAGACUGCAUAGGAACCAUAGGUACCUUUUGUGCUACGCUCAUCUGGAUCAGCCUACCAAGGCAGGGCAUUUUCAUGACGCAGCGUGAGGUCACCGACUACGUCGCUUUGUGGCGCUAUAUAGCCUAUUUGACGGGCACUCCAACUGAGCAUUUUGAGACGCCAGAGAAGGCGAAGCGCAUCAUGGAGGUCCUCUUUCUAUACGAGAUAAAGCCCACGGAAACUUCGAAGGUCUUGGCAAAUAAUAUCAUCAAAUCACUGGCGGGCCAACCUCCCGGUUUUGCUUCAGAGGCGUUCCUUCAAGUCAACAGUCGAUGGCUGAACGGCGGCGAAUUAAGUGAUGCACUCGGUAUCGGCAGACCAAGCAUUUACUACUGGGCCUUGGCAGUUGGGCAGUGCCUUUUUUUUAUGGCCAUCUGCUACACAUACAGAUCUGUACCAUACCUUGACCGACGGAAGAUUGCGGCGCUACGCAGGGUAUUCUGGCAAGUCAUUAUCAAGAACAAAAGCGGUCUGGGGGAAGAGACGACGUUCGACUUCAAGUACAUACCGAAUCUCUCGAAGAAGACGCAGAUGGAGGAUGCCCUAGAGCCUGGCAUAAAGAAGGCUGGGAUAGAGCGGCGGAACCUGCAAGCAUUGGGGAUUGGAUGCAUCAUGUUUGCGCUUGCCGGAUUCUUUGGCUUGAGGAUCGUGGCAGCUGUUAUAAAUCGCGCUGUAAAGUGGUUGCCUUGA